CAUGAGUUACUAUGCACAGUUUCUAAAAUUGUGGAGGUCCUGGUCCAUGUGGCCCAUCUUGGUAGUCAGAGACUUAUAGCCCAUUAGAAGCAAAAAAAGAAGAAAAGUUUGGGCGUAUGAAGCAAGUAAACCAUUCAUGUGAAGGAACUUAAACACUCAUUCAAUCUCCUUGUCGUCUUUGCUUCCCUUUCUACACUCUUGCUAGCCGGCCAAACUUCCAAUUUUUUGCCAGAUUUCCAUAAUAAAUUCUCAGUUAAUCACUCUUCUUACUUAUAAAUUACUUCAAUCUUCUAACUUUAUCUAAUUAAAUCCCCCAAUCAACUAUCCAUCCAAAUUCCAAUAUCCACCGACAGUUCCCAAUCUCUUUAUUGAAUUUGGGAAGAUGGGUCGAUCUGAUUCUCGCAAUCUUCAUUAAUCCAGUUUUAAUUUUCAUUAAAGAUUGAGUCUUUCGUAUUCCCCAGUUACAAUCUUGAAUUUAUUCAACCCAAAUGGUCUAUUUACAUAACUCAAUUCCUCCAACAGACCCAAAAUUAACCAGAACCAAAUCCAAGAAUUCAACUUUACCCUUUGUGAAAUUGAGGCAAAUAAAAAAGAACAUGCCAUCAAGUGAUUGUGAACAAUCUCACUCAGCUAUCAUUGAUGUAGUCAUUUUGAUUGCAGUGGUUGGUGCUUCUGGGUUUUUGUUAUAUCCUUACAUAAAUCUUUUGGUGCAAACACUAUUUGAAUUUCUUGAAGAAGUAUCUUAUGUGGUUAAAGAUGAAAUUUUUCGGGCUCCAUUGGUGUUUAUAUGUCUAGGACUUAGCAUUUUGUUUGCUGUAAUAGCUCUUUUGGCAAUGACAGUAUGUACAACAGGCAAAGGAUGUGGGAAACCAGGUUGUCGUAGGCUUAGAAAAGCUGCUGAAUUUGAUAUACAGUUAGAGACAGAAGAUUGUGUUAAGAAGACAAAUUUCAGUGCAAAAAAUGGAGUUAAAAAGGGGAUGUUUAAGUUGCCUAGAGAUCAUCAUCAAGAAUUGGAAGCUGAGCUUAAAAGAAUGGCUCCACCUAAUGGAAGAGCUGUUCUUGUGUUUAGAGGCAGGUGUGGUUGUUCUAUAGGUACAAUGGAAGUUCCUGGUCCAAGGAAAACUGGAAAGUUCAAGAAAUAAUAAUAGGAAUCAUAUUGGAUAUUGUAAUAAUAAUCAGAUGAUUCCUUUUGUGGGUGAUCUUCUCUGAAAAGCACUAUACCCUUUUAUAAGCUUAUAUACAUGACUAUAAUGGAUUAAAUAAAAAAGCUUUAUUUA